CGUGUUGUUGCUCUCAGUGCUGCUGUCAUGUGAUAGCUGGUCCGUGGAGUUGCUGCAGACAGUGGCUAGUUUGCCCUUAGAUGAAGUCGAAAUAGAACCAAGAUAAGUUUUAUGUUUGUUGGUGCGGGACAAAGGCGGCUGCUUUCUGCGUGAAAACAGGGAAGCUGGAGUGCACCGGACGCUGCCAUGGGGUGUUGUUACAGCAGCGACAACGAGACAGCAGAUCAGGAUCCUGAACGCAAGCCGCUGAUCACCCACCCAAACCCUGUCAGCAAACCCCCAAAUGGCACAGACUGGAUCACUCCCACUCCCCCUUCGGCCCGAACGGAUGAACAGGCCCUGCUCACAUCCAUCCUCACCAAAACGGCGCAGAACAUCAUCGAUGUGUCAGCUGCUGACUCCGUCAUGAUGGAGCAGCAUGAAUACAUGGACAAAGCUCGGCAAUACAGUACAAAACUUGCUGUAUUGAGCAGCAGUAUUCCCCAGAAGAAAGCCCUCGCUCUCCCUUCCCUCACUAGCCAGCCCCACCAAGUACUUGCCAGUGACCUGGUGCCAUACUCGGAUGUUCAGCAGGUAUCCAAGGUAGCAGCAUAUGCUUACAGUGCAAUCUCUCAAAUCAAAGUGGAUGCGAAGGAAGAACUGGUGGUUCAGUUUGCUAUUCCUUGAUUCUUCAACACUGGCCUGCAUAUUGCUCCUCCCUUCUGGUUUGUCUGUCACCGUCACUCCUGCAUCCUCACCCUUGUGCCCAUCCAUCAGUGGAAUCAUCUUGUACUACUUAGCUUUGGCUCCAGCUGCAACAUUGCAAGGUUGGAACACAAUCACAGGUCAUUGAGUUGUUCAACCAUAUAAAACCAGUGCACAAAAUUGGUCCCUGUGAUAUUUUGUGGUAUCACUCACCCUGCUAGCUGUUCUUUCUCAUCACUAAUGGAAGCCGUGUUUUAUUUUUGGAUACACAGCUCAUAAAUUGAGGACUAUUUUUCCACGAGAAAUAAGACUUGACUCCUGACAGGAUAGCUUUUAUGAACCAUAUCAUCAAUGAUAGUAGCUGACUGGCCAUUUUGAGGAUGUAAACGGGCUGCCUUGCAGUGUAGUCUGACUCAGUUUCUGAUCCCAUAACGUCACAAAAUCUGUGAAAUUGAGUCGUAUGAUUCAGUAGAGGGUAGGUCGAUGGAGCUGCAGGGACAGAUGUGUAUUUUUUGCCUUCUUUGUACAGUUUUCUGACUAAUUCUAAAACGGAAGAUGAUUGUAGAAGGUGUUUUUCAUCGGUCACGAUUGGCUGUGAUAACGUGGUGGUGACAAACUUUUUCUUGAAUACCAAGAACUCUUGAGGGCUGUGUUUGUUGGCUUUCAAAGCUUUUCAUUGCCAAUUUGUAGUAUGAUUGAUUUGUUGGUAUUAAUCGAAAAACUAACCAUUGUAGCAGUGUGGGAGAGCGUUAACAAUCCGUGUACAACAGAUCAACUGAUCCAAGAUUAUUUAUUUUGUGUUUUUAAAGAUAGUGUCGCUCUUCAGAGAGCGCAUGAAGACUGUAUGCAUGAGCAGGGAGCACAGCACUGAUGCUCUUAAACCUCUAAAGGGAUCUUGUGCAGGGCUGUGAUUUAUUCUAGCCACACAUUUGAGCUUUCUGCUUUGGGUUCUUAGCAUUUGUUCCUGUUUUGUUUUGUUUUGCUUUGUUUUUGAGAUGUGUAAUACUACCUGAAAUAUAUUUGUAAUAUCUUAGGCUAGUACCCAAAAGAUUUUUUUUUUCUGUUAAUUCAUUAAAAACUUCCAACAGC